UCUUUAUAUUGAAGACUAUGAGUACCUUGAUUCAAUAAACAACACUUGCCCCUUUCCUCAAAAAAAGCCACAAAACAAGAAAGAGAAAAACAAAAAUAAGACCAAACAACCCAAAGUCUACUCCCCCUUAUUCCUUUUUUUAAGCUUCUCUCUUCCCCCACUAUCUAUAUUCUUUACAAACCCUUAUUCCCCUUUAGCUUAGGUUUGCUUGUGCUUCCACUUUUUUCCUUAACUUCAACCUAAUCUCCAUCUCAAGGUAGAAUUGAAGUUAAAAGCAUCUCUCUAUGGAUCAAAUGAACCAUUCACUCCCUCCUCCUUUCCACACUAGAGACUUCAACUUACAUCAAUUCCAUCAAAACUCAGAAGAUGAACAAAGUGGGACAAGUGGUCUCAACAUGUCUGGUCAGAAGAGAGAUCGCGAUGACAACAACAACAACAACAACAACAAUAAUGAAAAUUCAAACGGUGGAGAAUCGAAAGAUGGAUUAGGAAAUUCAGGAGAAGGAGAGAUGAGUAGAAGACCUAGAGGAAGACCAUCUGGAUCCAAGAACAAACCUAAACCACCAAUUAUCAUAACUAGAGAUAGUGCAAAUGCUCUUAGAACUCAUGUUAUGGAAAUUGCUGAUGGUUGUGAUAUUAUGGAAAGUAUAUCAAAUUUUGCAAGGAGAAGACAAAGAGGGGUUUGUAUUAUGAGUGGAACUGGUAUUGUUACUAAUGUUAAUUUAAGACAACCAGCUUCACCAGGUGCAAUUGUAACAUUACAUGGUAGAUUUGAGAUAUUAUCCUUAGCCGGAUCGUUUUUACCACCACCAGCACCACCAACAACGUCAGGGUUGACUAUAUAUUUAGCAGGCGGACAAGGUCAAGUUGUUGGUGGUAGUGUUGUAGGUGCACUUAUGGCAUCUGGACCAGUUGUCAUUAUGUCCGCGUCGUUUAGUAAUGCUGCUUAUGAAAGGCUUCCUUUGGAAGAGGAUGAUCAAAAUCACCCUCUUCCAGUCGUUCCAGGAGGAGGAUCACUGGGAUCUCCUCCUGGAAACAUCGGGGGUCAAGGAGGACAACAACAACAACAAAUGAUGGCGGACCCAUCUUUAUUUCAUGGGAUGCCACCUAAUCUUCUAAACUCCAUUCAGUUGCCUUCCGAACCCUAUUGGGCAACCGGAAGACCUCCAUUCUAAUGCAAGAUAUAAAAUUGGAACGAUACAGAGAAAAUUGACAAGAUGACCCCGUGCAAGGAUGACAUCCAUCAUAUAUAGAAAGGGUAAUUGUUUUCUCUUGAUUUAAUUAUUAGCUUAUAAAUUAACUCUUUUGAGGUCUUUUUUUCUCUUUUCUUUCUCAUCAAGAACACUUAGCAAUGAUUUUUAGGAAAAGGGUUUUUCAAGUUUCUUUGAUUUCGUUUUAAUUACUUUACAUUUUUUUGAGUUUAGUGUUUUGCAUUUUCAGUUAGUUUUUUUUUUUUUUUUUUUUGGAUUGUGAUAAUGAGUUUGAUUUUGAUAUGAUCAAUGAUGUGGCGGAUGUAAUUUGAUCAUCAAAUGAAGUUAACUUUGUAAAUUCACAGUUUUCUUGGUGAUAUCUAUCUUAUUAAAUUCUUGG